AUGUCAUUCAUUGUUCUCCAAUUUCGUAGUCCUUACAUACCACUUGCAGUAAGACAAGAUGCUCUUGAUCGGGUAUUUGCAGAUCCUGGAAUUCCAGAUGCAGUCCAUACCACCCAGUCAUUUUGGAUGAAAGAGCCACAUCCCGAUAUUGCAAGUGUACAGUCAAAACACCUACCAGAGUUCGCGGAUCACCUCAUCAUUGGCUCUGGAAUCACAGGAGUCUCAGUCGCACAAGCUUUAUUAGAAGGUCUGGAAAAGACCAGUCCGUCAGAAAUCCACUCUUCGCCUCAUCCGAAGGUUGUCAUGCUCGAAGCUCGUGAUAGCUGUAGCGGUGCCACGGGAAGAAACGGUGGGCACAUUUUGGAGACUGGCGAGGAAUAUGUCAUGCUUAAAGAGCGUCUGGGUAAAGAUGCAGCUAUCAAGGUUCAUAAACUGCGCAUUUCGCAUCUUGAGACAUUGAUUGAAAGUGCCGAAAAUCUAGGCUUGACGGAAGAGGCACAGGUUCGCAAAGUACAGUUUUUGAGUGUUUACUUUCACAAGGACAAUUGGGGAAAUAUGCGGAAGGAUGUGGAGACUUUCAUGACCGAUAUGCCGGAUGAUUCCAAAAGGUGGCGUUUCAUUGAAGGCGAUGAAUUGGCGAAGGAAUUCGGUAUAGCUAAUGCUGUUGGGGCAUUGACUGGUACUGCAGGUGCCAUGUGGCCCUACAAGUUUGUCACUGGCCUUCUAGCACAUCUACGGAAACAAUUCACAUCUGACUUCCUCCUUGAAACAAACACAGCAGUUUCAGAGAUCCGUCGAGGCCAAGAUUAUUUUGAAGUCAUCACACCUCGAGGGAUAGUCAAGUCCAAACAUGUUAUCCACUGCACCAAUGCUCAUAUCGGUCACCUUGUUCCUGGCAUAAAGGGAUAUAUUUUUCCAAUUGCAGGCCAGAUGUCUGCACAAGCACCAGGAGACAAGUUCAAACAUCAGAGUGAUCACUCCUGGAUCUUCAACUACGAUCGCGGAUUCGACUAUCUGACUCAACUUCCAAUUGGCUCGUCAUCCGAUGGUGAAAUGAUGAUGGGAGGUGGCUAUGCUCAAACCCAGAGUGGUGGAAUUCAUGAGACGGGUAUUAGUACAGAUUCAGAACUAAACAUGUAUGCCAACAUCCACCUACGAGGAGUCCUAGGGGCGAUUUUUGGACCGGACAAUUGGGGCGUGGUAAAUGGACCAGCUGUGAAGUCCAUGUGGACCGGUAAUAUGGGAUUCAGCAGCGAUGGUUUACCAUGGGUUGGCAAACUCCCCGAUAUCUUGACUGAAAGAAAAACAAUAAGGACACAAACGAUGCAAGGCUCUGAAUGGGCCGCAGCAGCUUUCUCGGGCGAGGGUAUGGUUCAUGCUUGGUUAUCCGGGAAGGCAUUGGCGGAAAUGAUCCUUUCUGAUAAACAUACGGAGGAGGGUGACGUUACUAUUCCUGAGUGGUUUCCAGAGCCAAUGCUUAUAUCUGAGAAGCGUUUGGCACAUGCUAGAUUAGCAAGAUAUGCAGAGUUGGAACGCGAUAUUAUGUUAGCAACGCUGUGA